AUGACUGAUGUGGAUUGUCUUUAUGAUAAAAACCCUCGGACACAUUCAGAUGCACAAGCAAUUGAGGUUGUUGAGGAUAUCUCCGCUUUACAGGCCGAUGUAUCAAGUGCGGGCUCUAGCCUAGGUACAGGUGGAAUGUCUACCAAAAUAGUCGCUGCCCGUCUCGCCACCUCUGCAGGUGUGACGACUGUCAUAACACGCUCCUCAAGCCCUGGAAACAUUGCUAGCAUUGUGCGCUAUGUUCAAUCCCUCAAGACUUCUUCCUCUGGCAGCAAGGUUGGUGAUGUUAUUCCACCAUGUCAAACACCGGAAGCUCUUACAAGGUCCAAUUCGACACUAUCUAUUACUGCCGCAACCUCAUCAUACGUUGAGACACCUCUACAUACCAGAUUCCUUCCAUCACAUCAGCCAAUUCGGGACCGCUAUUUCUGGCUUUUACAUGGACUUUCUCCACAUGGAACGAUUUAUAUUGAUGCUGGUGCUCAUCGCGCGUUGGCGGCUAAAGCUGGUCUCCUUCCUGCUGGCGUUGUAGAUGUCGAAGGCACAUUCGCGCAACAGGAGGCUGUGCGUCUAGUAGUUGUUGAGCGUCCUAUAUCACCCGAUGCAAAGAUUACCGAAGGAACGGGAAUCGAGGUGGGUAGAGCCUUAGUAAACUAUAGUGCGAUGGAGAUUGCCAGAAUCAAAGGUGUGAGGAGUAGUGAGAUACAUGGAUUGUUGGGCUAUGCAGACAGUGAGUAUGUGGCUUUAAGGGAGAAUAUAAGCUUCUUUGAAAGAGGGAGUAGAAGUGCAACGCCAGUUCUUGCUUGA